AUGGAUACUCUCACAUGCCAACAAACAAAUAGUCCCUUGGCUCUCCAACAGCAACGACUUCCCCUUAUACAUAUGCAUGAGGACGCAGUCACUUCUCCUUUUCUCUACAUUCCUUCACUUUCACAAGACGACAGCACCGCCAAUGCCUCCCUGUCUACGCACUACGCCAAUCCAUCGGAAUCAACCGCAUCCUGUUUCAGUAUUGGCCCCGAUCCCAAAACAUUCUAUUCAGCCAUCGAGCUUACCGAUGCCGCCUUGCACCAGAGUCUUUCUCCAGCAAUAUCAGAGUUAGGCCCGUUGAGCCCGUGGAGCACCUUUUCCGCUAUGAGCAAUGAAACGGGUUCUGAGGAGUCGCGGUGCUUGAUCAAAUGUUCAACCAACCCAGCAGGACAACAGAACACAUCGUCCCCCUCCAAGAAUCAUGCACACAAGAAAUCGAAACCAAGCACCAGUCUAUCCAGAACAUCUUCAUAUUCCACGGGCAGACGCCGUUCAUCGAGAUCAUCUUCGAUGAUCCGUCGUAGGUCAAAGCAGCAAGUCCAUCAUAAGACUGGACCUUGGUCUCAAAUUUACUCCUCCACUUCAGUUCAGGGGGACUCGGUCUUGAGCAAGAAACGAGAGGAUCUUGUAUCACUCCAUCGGAACAGUUGUCGUUUAUUUGAACCCAGCAUGGGUGAAUCUGACGCAGAAGCGGGAAUGGGUCACCACGAUUCAAAACCCAAUGCUGCCGGGGGGAUUUCUUCUACUUCGACGCGCAAGUCAAAGCUUCAUCGAUCGCAUUCCACGGCAGCAGAUAUCAUCGCCGUGCGAAACAAGCUGACGCCACGGCAAACAAGCAAACCCUUCCGUAAAGCCUCCCAAUCCUACUCCCCGCUUCUUCGCUCAGAAACCCUCUCUCCUAUCUCUCCAACAUUCUCUGAUGGACCUAGACAGGCCGUCCCUGCUACCCAGCACCACCGCCACUGGAGCCCGAACGUCAUGCGCCAUUCUUCAUCCCAAGGCAAUUUGCAAUCAGAAGAUGAUCUGGCAAUAUACAGACCCAUGCCCGCCACAGUUAUUGACUGGACGUCCCCUUCUACCCGCAGACGAGAGUACGCAAAGAUCGACCGCUCAAUGCGUGGGGUGCGCGGCAUGUGGCGGAAAUUAGCGCCCAGCUGGUUCCAAUCUGGCGGAAGUCGGAUGCCGUUUUUUGAAGAAGGGAAAGGAGGGAAGGGUAUGUGCGACGGCAGCGUGAGACGGUUUAGAAUGGAUGUGCCUGAGGAUGACGGGGGUGGCCCUAGCUGUCGUAACAAUGAAAAGCAUCGGCAAGCUGCGAAAACGAAAUGGAGGUGGAAUGAGCAUAGUGUUUCUCGCGCUGGGAGUUUCCGUGGUGGGAAGGGUGCGGGCGGCGAGGGAGGGGCUGGGGGUAUUGUUCAUGGGAAAUGGCGUUGUUUGGGCAUUACACGGAAAGCGAAUGCAUGA